GCUGAGAAAACCAUCGAAGAGCUGCUGGUCACCAGAUGUCCGAGAUGUCACGUCGCCUUCCACGACUUCGAUGGAUGCUUUGCUGUCACAUGCAGCAGGUGCGCGUGCGGCUUCUGCGCAUGGUGAACUUGUUGCGUCUCUUGCUCCCGUCGACCGUUACGGCAGGUGCUUCGCUGACUGCGGACAAGAUGCACAUCAGCACGUGAGCACCUGCAGGCUCAAGCUGGGAAGUGACAUGUACUUCGCGUCCCGGGAAGACUUCGACAAGUCAAAACAUCGAGCAGCUCGAGCUCGCCUGGUGGACUAUCUCAAGUCUGUCGAAGACAAGGAACUCAUCCGAAAGCUGAGAGAAACGGAAACGUGGGGAAAUUUGAUGCAGGAGUUUGGGAUCAGCGAGGCAGAAUGGGAGAGGUGACGACGUGCAAGGAGCUCUUGCCAAAGAGCUGCAAGCUCAGCUUGUGACGCGUCCGGCCUUGACAUCAGGUGAUUUGUUUCUCGCGCAGUAGAAUUCAUUCAAGAGUAUUGCAAAACGGUCCAAAUCGUCAACUACUUGGCAGACAGGCAGCGCGUCAGCUCAGAUCAAAAUCCAUCACGUCGCCCUCUCAUUGACCACGGGCGACAUGUCAAAAAUAUCGCAAAAAAAUCA